AUGGACAGCCGGAAGGAUCUCACGAAGCUUCUGGAACUGAUCCAGAAGUGGAAUGACAUCUCCUCGGUGGUGGUUGUUGUGGCCUGCGUCUGGGCCGUCCUCCGCAGCAACAUCACCUCAAGGUGGAGCGUCAACCACACUGCCAGCGAGGCGGCGUUUGAGGACUCCCAGAGAUACUUCGAAUGGGCCUGCACGGUAGCAGGCACCGGGGCAGUCAUUGAAGGGACGUACCUUCUGAGCAGCAGCGGGCGGGAGAACAGCGUCACAGGCACACACUCGGCGCUGGACAGCAAGGUGAUGUUGCUGAUUUACGUCUCUUUGUCGUUCUUCUACAUGGCCAUGUCCUUGACAGGCAUGGUGCUAGUGCACAGUGACGAACUGGCGGUGGGCGGGCCUCGGCCCGUCUAUACCCUGCGCUUUGUGCAGUGGUGUGCCUGCGUACCGCUACUCAUGCUGGUGGGAGGCAGACACCAGCCAGCACCCUCCGAGGUCGAGAAGGUGCUCUCCGAACUUCUGCUGCACCCGGUGCAGUCCAAGCCACGACCACCCAGCUGGCAAGAUGCGCUGGAAGGACUCCAGGAGUUCCCCACCACCCUGAAAAAGGCGCUCUGGGAUGCCCCCUUGGCAGCGUCUGUGCGGCUCACCGUGAUCUACAUGAUUGCAGCCUGGUUGGCCCUGGUUGUUGAUGAUGACCUGAGCCGCUGGGUGUUGAUUUGCGUCGCUUUCUCUGCUUACUUCGUUGCAUCGCUGCAGCAACUUGCCAUGCUAGUGGUGAUGAAGAACGAGCAGGGCCACUGCAUCUGCGCUUGGCUGAUGGCGUUGCAAGUGCUGAUCUUCGCAGGGCACGGGACUGUUUACUUGUGCGCCUGCUUCAACCUCAUCUCCUCGCCAAGAGAGCAGAAGCUCUUCGCUUGCUUGGACAUCUUCGCGAAACUGGGGCACACCAUGGUGCUGUUGACUUCGAGGCGCCGGGCCGACUACCUGGAGGAGUGCUGCCUCCGCAAUAGCGCCAUCAAUGCCGCGUCGGAUCUGCAGCGCAUGAUCCAGGAGGCCAACGUUCCCAUCUUCACCGUGAACAACAAUUUGGAGGUGGAUGGUUGGAACCUGAAGAUCGCGGAGCUCACCGGCCGAAGCCCCGACACAGCGAACAUUGCCCUCAACGAACUCAUCGCCGAUGGUGACGACUAUUUGUGGAAGUCUGCUGCCAUCGAGCUCAUCAACGACGCCCUUGCUGGCAGGGUUACGCACACUGCGCAGGUCCACUUCAUCAAGUCAGAGGAUGGGAAGGAAGAGACGGUGACGGUGGCGGUGAGCGCCACUCCUCUGCGAAGCCCGAACGGAGAGGUGCGGGGUGCCGUGUGCGUGGGCCAAGACGUCACGGAGCUCACCUCUCAGAGGCAAGAAGCGCAGACGCUGGCCGCUAGCCUUUCCAACUUGAUCGACAUGGCCGCGGCGCCCAUCUUUCAGGUGGGCAUGGACUGCUGCAUCACUGAGUGGAAUCGCUGGCUGGUGGAGGCGUCAGGACUCAGCAAGAUGCAGGUCUUGGGGGAGAGGCUCAUCUCGGUGAUUUGUGCCAGCUGCCGUCUGAAUGUCACGAAGAUGGUGAAAUUGUCGCUUGAGCACAAGCGCACAGAAGUCUUCGAGAUCACCCUGGAGACAGCCAACGUCACGCUCCUGGUGAACGCGACCACUCUGGUAGACAGCAGUGGCAAUCCCACUGGAGCAAUUUGCAUUGGGCAGGACAUCACGAAGCUGAAAGACAUCGAUGACUGGAAGUCUUCCAUGAUGGCCAUGGUCUCGCAUGAGCUCAAGUCCCCGUUGCAUGGCAUCAUCGGCCUCAGCCACUCGCUCCUGGAAGAUGAGUCCACGACGAGCGGCGCCAAGAAGCCUCUGGCCAUGAUCAACAGCUCCGCGAUGCGGCUGCUGGACAUCGUGAGCAACAUGAUGGAUGCAUCGCGCUUGGCGAGGCAGCCGCUGAUUGGUAUCACCAAAGACCCGGUGCAGCUUGCCAGCAUCAUCGAGGAGGUGGUGCUCCUUUGCCAGCAGGCUGUGGACAAGCGGGGCGUGCCCACCCUGCGCCAUGGAGUGAAGUUGAUCAACUCCGUCAACAAGACCUUGCCGGUCAUUGAAGCUGAUGCAUAUAGAUGUACACAACUGAUGUUCAACUUGAUCUCCAAUGCCAUCAAAUUCACAAAUCAGGGCUCCGUAACCAUCAGCGCCAGCGCCGAUGACGUGGAACAGAUGGUCACGGUGGAUGUCAAGGACACCGGCAUUGGCAUUUCCCCGGAAAAUAUCGACACCAUAUUUCAGCCCUUCGACCAGGAGGACCGCUCAGAGCAGCGGAAGUACGAGGGCCUGGGGCUGGGCCUGGCGAUCUGCCGGGAGGUGGUGCAGAAGCACGGGGGCAAUCUCACGGUCAAAAGCCUGAAGGGCAAGGGCUCGACUUUCCGCGUGACCCUACCCUACAAGGUACGUGACUACCAGGACGAGAAUGAUGCUUCUACGGUGGCUGGUGACAAUGGCACAGGCGCAUGCGCUUGCCUGGCUGUGAGCAAGUCGCUUGAGUUUGAGUGA